GCUGGAGAGGAGCGAGUGGGGGAAACCCGUGUAGUGGAGCGAGCUGCAGCGCGGCGAGAUGACGAGGACUGGCUGUGUAGCCCAGGCUGACCUGGAACUCUCCAUCUUUUUGCCUCGGCCUCCUCAGAUCUGGGAUUAUAGGCACUCAUCAGCAUGCCCUGUUGGAGGGUUAUUUUCAUUCUGAGAUGUCUGGGAGGAGAUGAGCCAAAGAUGGAGACCAGGCAUCUGCUACUUGCUGGUGGCAUGCGGGGCUCCCUGCUACCGUCCUGGUCCUGAGAUGCAGUGACUGCCCGCUGUUUGCCAUCCCCCGGCAUGGACAGGGGCAGCCUCCUGCCCUACCAGCUCUGGUGCCCCCGGCCCUUCGGCACAUAUUCCCAGAACCAGCCCCGCCCGCCUUCCGCAGCCCUCAAGCUGCCAGCCUGUACUGACACAGGCGGUGCGCCCGAGCCGGACCGCGGACGUGCACACUCGGAGAACACACCGCCUGCCCUGGCUGCGGAAGCCCCCGCCUCCCAGCAUGCCCCACUCCUCUCGUCAGCAACUGCUGGCGACGAGGGUCGAGUCCUGCUGGACACGUGGUAUGUAAUCAAGCCUGGAAACACAAAGGAGAAGGUGGCCUUCUUUGUGGCCCACCAGUGUGGGGGAGGUAGCCGGGCUAACUCUAUGAAGGUCAAAGGGCACUGGGGCAGUGGUAGCUCCAAAGCCAAGAGGAGGCGUCGCUGCCUUGAGCUCACCAAGGCUCCUCCAGACCCAGGGGGCAGAGGAGGGGCCCCUGCCACUGAGGGGCCCCCCACGACAUCCGGGGAUGACGUAGACCUGCUCUCUGUAGCAGAAAUGGUGGCCCUGGUGGAACAGAGAGCUGCCCUGGCCCUGCAGAGUUACCCACGCCCCACUGCCCAGGCUCCCGUGGUCUUUGUGUCAGCUGAGCAGGGGGCACCGGCCAAGGGGUUAGGGACAGAGAGGCGGUCUGGUGGCGGUGACUGCAGCCGAGUCGCUGAGGCAGUGGCCCACUUUGAGGCCCAGCGGGACAGUCCUCCAACCAAGGGUCUCCGCAAGGAGGAGCGGCCAGGUCCUGGGCCAGGCGAGGUGCGCAUCGCCUUCCGAAUCUCUAAUGGCCGAGAGCCCCGUUCACCAGACGGCAAUUUACCUACUUGGAGCGGAAGCCGGCCUGGUAGUCCCGGGCCUGGGGCUCGAGCCAAAGACAAAAUCACCUGUGACUUGUACCAGCUUAUCAGCCCGUCCAGGGAUGCCCUUCCCAGCAACAUGGAGUUCCUACUGGCCAGAGCGGACGAGGCCAGUGAGGGCGACACAGCAGCCGUGGCCAGGCCUGAGGACACUCCCCCGGCACCGCCUCCACCCCCUGCCCGGGACUGCGGAGCAUCAGGGUUCCAUGUGGAUGUGGUGGUGACGGGUGUAGUGGACGAGUGCAUCUUCUUUGGCAAAGAUGGCACCAAGAACGUGAAGGAAGAGACUGUCUGUCUGACAGUGAGCCCGGAGGAGCCGCCCCCACCGGGCCAGCUCUUCUUCCUCCCGUCCCGGGGUCCAGAGGGGCCUCCUGAGCCACCGCCGGCUGACACGCCAAGCGCAGUGCCAGGCCCAGACGACUCUGAGGCCACCACGGACACCUCCCUGUGCCGCCUGUACCGGCACGUGUCACACGACUUCCUGGAGAUUCGCUUCAAGAUCCAGCGUCUUCUGGAGCCCCGGCAGUACAUGCUGCUGCUGCCUGAGCAUGUGCUGGUCAAGAUCUUCAGCUUCCUGCCCACCCGAGCGCUGGCGGCCCUCAAGUGCACCUGCCACCACUUCAAGGGCAUCAUCGAAGCCUUCGGGGUGCGCGCCACGGACUCUCGCUGGAACCGGGACCCGCUCUAUCGGGAUGACCCCUGUAAGCAGUGCCGCAAAAGGUAUGAGAAGGGCGAUGUGUCACUGUGCCGCUGGCACCCCAAGCCCUACCACCAUGACCUGCCUUACGGACGUUCCUACUGGAUGUGCUGCCGGAGAGCCGAUCGCGAGACACCAGGCUGUCGCCUGGGCCUGCACGACAACAACUGGGUGCUGCCGUGCAAUGGAGUGGGCGGGGGCCGUGCCGGCCGCGAAGAAGGGAGGUGAAGCCUGGGGGUGAGGGAUACCCACCAUACCUAACCCCUUCCUGCCCCGCUGGGAGCUGGGAACCAGGACUGAGUCACCAGCCAACCUCCCAGUCCAUCCAGCAUUGAUCUCUGACUAGAACUGGGACCAGGACUGGGGAUCAGUGGGGUCAGUACCCUGCUUGACCCUGUUGGUUUUCUACUCUUCAGAGCCAGGGCCGUGGACCCUCAGAGAGGGUUGUGGUUUGUUUGUUUGUUUGCUUGUUUGUUUGUUUUUUGUUUUAUCAGCAUCUCAAUUGCGCCUCCAUCCAGCCCCAACCCCAUCCAUCCCUGAGUCUCUGCCCCAGGGACCCACCAGCAGGGAGCAGACGGCAGCUAAUUUUGGUACCACCUGAGGCUUUCCUCAAGCUGGCCCUACCCCACUCUGUGCCUCCCUCCACCAGUUCUGUCUUUGGAGCUGUGUUCACAAAAGGGUUGCAGUCCCUGAGGUUGACACCUCUAGGCCACUAGCUCGCAAUGCAACUCAAGUCGGCACUUUUUGGAGGCAGCCCACCGUUUCUAGAUGUUUUCCUCAUUAAAUAAAAAAAAAAAAAAAAAAA